CCACCUGUUUGCAGGGUUAAUUAUUUGUAGAGCUGAACAGAUAAGAACUGAGUGUGUUUCAGGUGAAUGUUCUGCUGUCUGAGCUGGUUUCCUCCUGGGCGGGUCUGACAGGCUGACUUUCAGUUCCCUGCAGCUGCUGUUUGCUCAAAGGUUCCCAGAGCUGAGGAAGGAAGCGGCUGAGGCAGAAAUGAGUUUCUACAGCGACGCUUCCAACGAUGACCUGAGCGACGAGUUAGAGACUUUGGGGUGGUACCACUACGAUCUGUCCCGGCAUGCAGCAGAGGCACUCCUCAUGUCCAAUGGGGUGGAUGGGAGUUACCUUCUUAGGAACAGUAACAAUGGACCUGGCUGCUUUGCCCUCUCCGUAAGAGCAAAGGACUCAGUGAAGCAUUUCCAUGUGACACGCAGAGAUAAUGUCUACCGUUUUGGGUUUAACGAGUUCCCGAACCUUCAUGACUUUCUCAGACACUUCGCCAACCAGCCUCUCCUGGGAAGUGAUGCAGGGACCCUCAUGGUGCUGAAGAGUCCAUAUCCAUGGCGUGUAGAAGAACCGUCCAUCUAUGAAUCAGUGCGAGUUCACACCGCCAUACAGACGGGUCGGACCAAAGAUGAUCUGGUGCCCACAGCUCCAUCGCUGGGCACUAAGGAGGGCUAUCUCGUGAAACAAGGAGCAUUUGUGAGGAGCUGGAAACAAAGGUGGUUCACUCUCCACAGAUAUGAACUUAAGUACUUUAAAGAUAAAAUGUGUGAGGAGCCUAUUCGAACGUUGGAUUUAAGAUCCUGUACUGCAGUCCAGUUCGACUAUUCUCAGGACAAAGUCAACUGCUUCUGUCUGGUGUUUCCUGAGCGAACCUUCUACCUCUGUGCAAAAUCUGGAGUUGAGGCGGACGAAUGGAUUAAGAUCCUUCAGUGGAAACUGUCACAGAUAAGAAAAGGAAGGUGACAAUCAUCCAUGGAGACAAAGGAAAACACCUCCACCCUCUGACAGAUACCACCAUACCUGAAGGAAUGAAGCAGAUCUGGAAUACGUUUCACAACAAAUGAUUAGUUUUCAGUAAACUGCCUUUAGGCGUCAACUCAUCCAAGGAUUCUGACAGUUCUCUAAAGUUUGUGGACGAUGCUGUGUGAAGAGCAGCAAUGCACAGAAGAAAAGCAUAUUUAAAAACUCAACUAUGUUGAAUGUAAAUAAUGAACUUUAUAUCUGACACUUAAGAUGUGAAUUUCUAAUGCGGUCAGUUUUGAAGGACACCCUGCAGUGCAAGAUGGGACAGUUGUGACAGACUUAUAGCUUUUAGAAAACCCAACACUGGAGUUAUAAUGUUCAACAGAUGAUGAAAAAGAUGAUUGUAGCAGAGCAUUACAAUCAGAACCAAUACAAAACAUGUAUCCGACUGGAAGAUCGAGUAAAAACUUGUGAAAUUUUGAAAUGAAUUAAUAAUAGCCAUAGUGUUUGCGGUACCUCUAUCGUUAUUCUGACUUUUUAAAAGACAAGUUGGGAUAUUUCUUUCUUUUGUUUUACCUUUUAUUUUUCACUGUGUGCAUAAUAUCCACUUAUUUAAACAUCAAUGUGAUAAACUGGAUGGUAAAAUGGUUGAAGUGUUUUGAUGUGAAACAUUAUUAAUAAUAUGAAACAGGAAUAUUUUACUCGAAUUCAUCUCACAGUGUGAUAUUUUUAGUAUUGAUACCUAUAUUUUAACCAUUUUUACAAUAAAUGUUAUAAAUUAUUUCAAUUAUCUUUAAAUAUGGUACGUUUAAGUACAGCACUAUAGCAUAGCAUAGUGUGACAUUUAAUAACAUCUAAUUAUUAAGAAAUGGUCUAAGGGUGGCAUGAUAGUAGCGUACAACAUAUCUGACUAUGUAAUAUGACAUUAAAAGAUUAAUUUUCAUUGUACCAGGUAGAACAAAAUGAUGUCUAAGACACGAGUAGAAUAUUUGGCAAACAUUAUGAAAUGUUUUAGCAUAAAAAGACACCUUAUAUAGUGUGAUGUUAGUAUGAUGUGCUAAAGUAUGCAAAAUAUGAAUAUGGUAUGGCUAUGUUACUAUGACACAGUAUCAUAUAAAAUAUGUUUGACAAAGUAAUACAGUAUGACCUGUUGUAAUGAAAAAAAUAGUAUAGUU